CACACACUUUUACACACAAACACACUCACUGUCAGUGAAAGAGGCUCCUUAAAUAAUCCCACACUCAUCAUUCUGCUGAAUAUCCUUUACCGUCUGUCAUCAUGAACAGCAAAGAACAGAUCAGUCAUGACGACUACCAGAAGACAGCUGAUUGGCUGAAGUCCCAGACGAACCACCGCCCCAAGGUGGCGAUCAUCUGCGGAUCGGGCCUGGGGGUGCUCGCUGACUCGCUCAAGUGUCAGGACUCCUUUGCCUACUCUGACAUACCGGGCUUCCCCCAGAGCACAGUGCAGGGUCACGCAGGGCGGCUGGUUUUCGGGGAGCUGAAGGGGAAGACAUGUGUGUGCAUGCAGGGCCGCUUCCACAUGUAUGAAGGUCAUUCACUCUGCAAGACCCCAGAUCAGUCCUUUGUGCCCCACUCCCUCAAUUCCCAGCCAAAUCCAAGCGCCCUUUUGAAGGCGGUGCUGACGGCCCCUCUGUCCAGCGGGGCGUUGGAUCUGUCCGGUAUUCCUCUGGCUGCUCGGGACAUGGAGCGUCUGUGUGCACACCUCCAGCGCCACGCGUCCAUCCUGGGCAGCCUGGAGCUGGGCUUCACAGAUCUGACGGACGAGGCCUUCCUCCUGCUGCUGCCCACGCUGGCCGCCCUGCCUCACCUGGAGACUCUGGCUCUGAACGGAAACAGGCUGACCAGAGCUGUUCUGAAGGAGCUGACCGACGCCCUGAAGGACCCCUGCAGUUUCCCCAGCGUGACAUGGAUCGACCUGGGCAACAACGUGGACAUCUUCUCUCUGCCGCAGCCCUUCCUGCUCAGCCUGAGGAAGCGCUGCCCCAAGCAGGGGAACCUCCCCACCAUCCUGGAGUUCGGAGAGAGUCAGGCCAGCGAGCCCCCCGAGAGGCUGAGGGGGCUCGGGGAGGAGGAGGAGACGGACGACAACCGCACCGAGAGCAUGGGCGAGCUCCGGUCGGAGGUGGAGGAGGAGCUGGACGGGGAGAUGGAGAUUGAGGAGAUGAUGGAGGAGCUGCUGGACUUUGACCGGGAGGUGCAGGGGAAGGAGGACGAGGACGAGAGCAUGUGGACGCUGGAGGAGCAG